AUGACAGACCAAACAACUUCUCCCCCUACCCCUACCGCUGACUUCCUCCUCACAGCCUACACCCGCUUCCGCAAGGCUCUCACAAACCCCUCCACAACUCCCGGCACCCCAAUCCUAAGCAACGCCAACCCAAGCAACAACACCAACAAUGACAUUCCAAUCCUCCCUUCACCUCAAGCGCUCACAGCUAACCUCCUCCUCCGCCUCCCCUCUCGAACAGACCUGGACUACCUCUCUCCCCGUGGUCCAGAAAAGACACAUGAGCACAUCCUCAACGACAUCCUCCCCUCCCUGAACAGGCAAUCUCUCUCCCCCCGCUACUUCGGCUUUGUCACCGGCGGUGUCCUCCCUAUCGCCGAGGCAGCAGAUAACAUUGUUAGUGGGGUGGAUCAGAACGUGCAGGUACAUUUCCCUAUUUCAGAAGGGGGGAUGGUGCAUUCGGCGUCAACGUAUGUGGAAGGUGCGGCGCUGCAGAUGGUGGUUGACUUACUUGAAUUGGAGCCAAAGGAUGUGACGGGGGAGGUUUGGAAGGGGAGGACGUUCACUACGGGCGCGACGGCGAGUAAUAUUCUGGGGUUGGCGUGUGCUAGGGAGGGGGCGAUUGCGCGCAGGUUAGGGGGAUCUAAGGGGGAGGAGCUGUCUGUGGCAGAUCUGGGGGUUCUGGAAGCUUGUCGACGGGCGGGGGUUAGGGGGUUUGCUGUGUUGGGGAGUAUGCCGCACUCAUCGGUGCUGAAAGCGGCUAGUUUAGUGGGUUUUGGUAGGGAGAGUGUGAAGAAUGUUGGUAUGGAGGGGCAGCCUUGGAGGCUUGAUCUGGAAAAGCUGGAGGAGGAGCUGGAGAGGAAGCAAAAGGAAGGGAUUGCGUGUGUGGUGGUUGUAGGGGCUGGGGAGGUCAAUACGGGGAGGUUUGGCACGGGCGUACUGGAUAUGCCGAAGGUUAGGAGUCUAGCUGAUCGAUAUGGGGCGUGGGUGCAUGUUGAUGGUGCUUUUGGACUCUUUGCCCGCGCUCUUCCUAAAGAAGAGGAAUUCCUCGCACUACAUGCUCAGGUUGCGGGCUUAGAGCUCGCGGAUAGCAUCGCAGCUGACGGUCACAAACUUCUCAACGUGCCCUACGACAAUGGUAUCUUUCUUACUCGCCAUCUCUCCAUCUUGACUCAAGUCUUCCGCAACACCAACGCUGCGUAUCUUGUUGCAUCUCCCAGUCAAGGUGUCGAUCCCACUGUUGCCAUUCCCAGCCCACUCAACAUAGGCCUCGAAAACUCGCGGCGCUUCCGCGCUUUGCCCGUCUACGCAGUGCUCCUCAGCGAAGGCAGACAGGGCAUCGAGGCAAUGCUGAGCCGGAUGGUGCGACUGGCGCGAAUUAUUGCCGCGUUUGUGCGCGACUCUUCACACUAUGAGCUGCUGCCAGAGGGAAAUGACGAUGCGGCGGCAUUGGAGAACACCUUCAUGAUCGUCCUAUUCAAAGCACGCGACAAAAAGCUCAAUGAAGAGUUAGUCGACCGCAUCAACCGUACAGGCAAGGUAUUCGUGAGCGGCACGAUGUGGGAAGGUCGGAAAGCGGCGCGGAUUGCUGUAGCCAGCUGGCAGGUAGACGUGGAGAGAGAUGCGGCGGUUGUCAAAGAAGUGUUGACUGCUGUCGCCGAGGGGAGAGAGUCGGAAUUGUCGUUGUAG